AUGAACAGCACCGCCGACAACGGCGGUCGACCUUCCUCUACCGCGGUGGCAGCUGCAGGACACACGCCCUCCGAGCCUCGCAACCACGAAGGUCAACCUCCUCGUCGUCCUCCCGCCGGGCAUCUUCUUCCUCCCCUAACGGUUGUUCCCGGGCUGGCUGGGGCGGUGCUGAAGGAGAGCCCGUCGGACUUCGUGGUGGUCGAAAUCCCGCAGAACGCAGGGUCGAAGUUUACCCCUGCUGACCCGGACGAGCCUGUCCCGAAGGAAGCGCGGAAACCGGUUGUGCACAAGAUCCCUCCCGUCGACACCGUUAUGGCGGCGAUCAAAGAGUGGAGGGAGCGGCAGCUCACCGGUGCCGCCUACCAGGGCCCAGAAGUCAUCCCGCGGGACGAGGCGGAACAAAUGCCAUGGAAUCUCGCCAAGGGCUUCGACGUCGUGACGGAACAAUUGGGAGCCCCUGCCACCGCCCAGUUCCAGGACUGGCUUCUCCAAGUCGCGACGAGGGUGGCGUUUGACGCGAAGGAGGAGGAGGAGGAAGAGGAGAAGCGGGACGGCGUCGGCGGCCCCAUCGACGUGCUCCUGCCCCCACCGGAGCCCCCGCGACAGGUGGUCCUGGAGUGCCCACCAUCGCUUGACAAGGCCGGCCGCACGGAGGUCCACGGCACCUUCCGCAACCACAUGGCGUACUUCUCCACGACCGCGAUAAUGCCUGCUGCUCGUCCCAAGAUGGCGGGGGGCGGGGACGAGUUUGGGGCGCCGCCACCGAUGGUGCCGAACGACGGAAAGGUUUAUCUCGAGGUGUCAUUCGAGAAGCGAAAGUCGAGAGCGUCAUGGCCUAAGGGCAGAGGGGAGUACCUGGAGUUCUCGGUGUACAAGGCCGGGCGGUCCACUAGCGAGGUGGCGGAGGCUCUCUGCCAACGCCUUUACAUCAAGCGCGCGAGGUUGUCGUACGCGGGAGCGAAGGAUCGCCGGGCGCUAACCGCGCAGAAGAUGCGUUGCUGGCGACUGCCGGCCGAAGCCAUCCACGAGGCGCACGCUGACGGCCUCCUCUCCCAGGACGGCCUCGCCGUCUCCGACUACCGCUACGUGGAGACGGACCUUAGCCUGGGCGGCCUCAAGGGCAACCACUUCGACGUUCUGCUGCGCCCACCGUCGGGGGGGUGGGGCAGGGGCGAGGCCGCGCGGGAGGGGUUCGUCAACUUCUUCGGGGAGCAGCGGUUCGGUCGCGACGGCACCAACAACCUGGACGUGGGGCUGCUGCUGCUGGAGGGGGACUGGCCGGCCGCCAUCGACAGGAUCAUGGCGCCGCACCCGGCCGACUCGGCAAUGGUGUCGGAGGCAAAGGAGGCGUUCUUUGACGGCCGGGACUACGGCUACUCGAUGAGGGGAGCCCCGGCGGGGGGGGGGCGGAGGGGCCGCGGGGGGAAUAGAGACGGUCGCGAACAAGAAGGCGGCGGAAGACGGGGGGGGGGUCAGGAGGAGGUGGUGAGGGUCACGGCGGAGGCCGCCCGGGCGGGGGUGUUCACCAUCAAGCACGUCGUGCUCCCGUUGCCAGGCAAUUCCGUGAUGUUUCCUUUGAAUCCCGUGGGAGAGGAGAUGCUGGUGUCGCUCAAGCAGGACGGUGUUGAUGACGUUAUCCUCAACGGGCAUCCGCAGAAGGCGUUCGACUUGGAGGGGGCGUACCGGCACGUCAUGAACCAUCAAACAUACGACCGAUCGAUCGCUGCGUUUUUUCGUUAA